GACGGAAAAAAAUUGACAGAUCGAGGAUUUUUAUUAUUAUUCUUCAAUAUUGAAUUAUUACAUUUGCAUAUAAUCUUGUGAAUAAGUGAAUCGACGGUAGUUAAAAAUAAAUUAGUUAAUAACCUCUCCGUUUCAUAAACUUCUGCGGAGAAAAUAUUAAAAUAUACAAAAUGCAAUCAGUCAAAGUACUCCCGGAAGUCCUGAAACCCAUUUCCUGGCUCGCCGGAAGUUGGGCUACUACAGACGGACGCGGCAAAUAUCCAACUAUUCAAGAUUUUUCGUAUCACGAAGUUUUGGAAUUUACAUGCAUCGGUCAACCCAUGUUCAACUACCUUUCGCACUCCAAGCAUCCAACAAAACAAACUCCCAUGCACCAGGAAAGAGGUUUCUUACGUAUUCAACCGGGUACAAACAACCUAGCAUUAGUUGUUAGCCAUAACUUUGGAGUGACCACUAUUGAAGAGGGCCAGUUGGAUCCCGAAGAGAAGAAAAUAAAACUAUGCACAACAUCAGUACAACGGAUGCAGUUUGCCAAAAAGCCCGCUGUCACUAAACUUGAAAGAUGUAUCCGACUCAUAAGUGACAAUACAUUGGAGGUAGUUGUGUUUAUGGAGACUGAAAAUACUGCCAUGACUGAACAUUUAAGGGCUAUUUAUACAAAACAGGACUGUUAAUAUGAGUCUAGCUGUUGCAGUCUCUGUUAACUGUUUAAUUUUUGAUUUUUUCAUCAUCUUUUUACAGUUGCAGUGUGUAUAGAAUCCUCAAAAGUUGUAACUUAAUUUAUAUAAAUUAAUUAAUUAAUUAAGCAUCCUCUUUAGAAGCUCCUCAAAAGUUUUGACUUAUUUUAUAU